AUGGACAGUCAGUGGACAGAGGUGCAUCCCCUCAAGGAGAAACUCUACCAGCUGGGGCUCAGUUCACACUUGAGCCUGGAACACAAAGUCUCCCGGCUCCUCGCGGCUGGGGGUGGAGAGGACGAGCAGAGCCCCUUCCUGAGACCUCUGAUCAAAGGAAGUACCUUCGAGGAAAACUUCUGUAACAAAUGUGAGAACCAAAAACACCUGUGCUACGAGGUGGAGGUCCUGGAGGGUGACGCCUGGGCCCCAGUGGAGGAGCUCCAGGGCUUCCUGCGCAACCAGGGUCUGAAUCCUGCACUGACACCUAGACAUGCAGAGUUGUGCUUCCUGGAUCGGGUCCCUUCUUGGCACCUGGAUGAGGGGAAGCAGCACAGACUCACCUGCUACAUCUCCUGGAGCCCCUGCCCUGACUGUGCUCUGGAGCUGGUUCAAUUCCUGGGCGAGAACAGCCACGUGAGCCUGUGCAUGUGCACUGCUGGCAUCCAAACCAAAUUAUAUGGACAAGAGGAUGGGCUGAGCAACCUGCGGGACAUUGGGACCCAACUCACCAUCAUGACCCACGAUGAGCUCCAGCACUGCUGGGACACCUUCGUGGACAAGGACAACCCAAGCUCUGGCCCAGGACUAAAGUGGAAAUACACUUAG